ACCUCGGUGUAUCUUCAGCCUGGUGUUGCCAUGUGUUUACCGGGGAGUGAAAUUAUGGGGAUUCUCUAAGGAUUUCCCAGUCAGACGCUGAUGAUAUAUAUUAGAGUAACCAAACAUGAAUGACAUGGAAGGAGAAUCGACAGUAUUUGAUAAAAACGCGAUGUUGGCUGAUACACCAGAGGGGAGUGAUACUAGUGAAGAUCCACAGAAGAUGGAAGAUGGUGACUAUGGAGGAGGAUCGCAGGUGUUGUGUUCAAAGAGAAUGCUUAGCACUGAGGAUCCUGACUAUGCUCGACCUCCAGAUGCAAAGCGGAUGAGAGAAAUGGAGAAGAAAGCACAAGAUGAACUCAGUGGACGCGUGAUAAAAAUAGUUGAUAGAGAAUUCACCUAUUCAAUAAAUGAAAAACAGAGUGAAUUGGAAGAAAUAGACAAUCGCAUCUUACGGCUUCAACAGUGCCUACACACUUUACGAUAUUGUGUUUCACUCAAUUAUUUUGCUGCAAACAAGAGUGCUGAAGUAAUCAGUACACCAAAGAAUCUGGAGAUUCAUCCAUCAGUAAGGAGACAUCUUGGAAAGACACCAAGAAGUCAUUCGUCACAAGAAGCCAACGGCGGUUUUCUCUCUAAAAGUUUCUCUGCUGGUCAGAGUGUAUCAGAAGAGGGAUCCGCAGAUUUCAGCCUUUCAGGAACUAUCUCAGACAGUGUGAAAAAGGAACUUAAUAUACAAUCAAACGAAAGAGGAAUGGAAAGCUGUCGAGAUCAUCUAAUGGUCAGAGUCAAGACUGAGGUUCAUGCAGAUUCCAAGUCCCAGGUACAGAAGGAAGGCAGAAGUGAGUCAGCAAAGAAUGAUGACCCUGUAUCUUCUCGACCCCCCAGUCCAAAAUACUUGCCUCCAAAACCUCCAGAUAAUCCUCAAACCAUUGCACAGGGUCGUCACCAGCGAUUUCAGGCUAAGAAAAGGGUUGUUGUGGGAAAUACAUACCAGUAUUUACCACCCCAUGCAAGCAAUGAAGCUGGAGAUGCACUUCGGUACAAGUGGCAGGUGUAUGUACGUGCACCAACACAAGCUGAUGACGUUUCAUCAUUUAUUUCUGCUGUAACAUUCAUUCUUGAUCAAAGUUAUGCUCCACACCAUAUUAUUACAUUAAAGUCAGGAGAAUUGGUAUGAUAUCUGGGUCUAUGACCAAGAUAAAAAUGCUGUUCAAACAAAGAUGGAGCCUUCAGUUGGUGUAUCAGAGGAAGAGGAGAAUUGCCCUGCAAAUCUUGAAAAGGAACUUGCGGUGGGCGUUGUAUCACAUAAAGUUGAAGAAAAUAUUACUGUUAUGCAUAGUACUAAAGCUGGUUCAGAUGCUAAAACUGAAGAUGUGCUGCAAGAAACAGUUGAUAAGAUAGAGGGACUGAAUAAGGUUACAUGCACAUCAAGUGCAUCUGGCAAAAACAUCUUAACCCAUCUUAAUGCAGAUCAUGCUAAAAACCCACAAACAAGUAGUGCAAUGCAUUUACCAAGAAAGUCAGAAAUAGUUGAACCACUCCAAAGUAAGGAAUGUGCAUCAGUUGCAAAAGGUAGUAAUGUCAAUGGUGCUCAGGGUAAAGUGUGCAAGAUUCAUGUACGUCAGCCUGAUGGACGUUUGGUGCCUUAUUUCAUUCCUGCUCAUAUGUAUUCCCUAGCUUUAAAGAUAGCACAAACUGGUAACAAAAUACAAGGAAGCCAAGAAGGUAGUAUGGAUAACAAGCAAGUUAGUCCUGUAGAAAAAACUGGACUGCAACAAGAGCCAAAGGGGUCACAGCAGUCAGCAAGUUCAAAUCCUGAAAGUGAAUAUUUGGUGAAAGUGCAAAAAGAAUCAAAAGAUAUUACUCAGCAGAAGAAAUCUGUAGAAGGUGAAACAAAAUGUGAGAAUGGACAGGAGAGUUCUAAAGGUUCAGGUGUUCCUGUUAAGAUCUUCAAUAUCUCACCAAAUAAAGGAUCAGUCAAACCUAGUCAAGUGGUAAUGGGCCAGUUACCAUCUAGUGGUAGCCAGAGUAUUCCCAAACUUACUCUGACAACACAGGGUAAGCAAACUGUUGCCCGAGUGUCUGCUGGCAGUCUUUCACAAAACGCAUUGCAGCAACUUCUUGUAAAAGCUGGACUUAAAGACAAGAAGCCUGCAUUAGUGAAAAAAUUGUUGAGUAAAACAAAUGAUGUAAAUGGUGAACUAGUGCAAUCAAUACAAUCUCCAGAGGGUCAGUUGUUAUCAGAUCAGUCGUCAUUAAUUAAAAAGCCAAAUUUGCAAUUCAUGCCAGUCAAGAUUGUUCAGGAUAAACAGCCUGGAGGGUCUUCAACAGCAAAGAUUGUAAAAAAAGCAAUAUCUACAGCUAAUAUAAGAUUUGUAACCAAUAACGGACAGCUAAUAUCAGCAGGACAGCUUGCAAAGGGUUUAACAAUACCUGUUGCAAGUAAACCUAGUACUGUGACACAAGAAUUACCCACUAGCAAAUGUAUUCUUGCAACAUCCAGUACUAGUACAACAGCAGCUAUUAAAGAUGGAGCAAGUGUUGUUGUGAUGCCAAGUGGACGCAUCUUGGCUGGAUCAGGAGGUCUACAAUUAGUUACUAGCCAGGGAAAGAAUACAGUCACACAACACCCUCCACUUGUCGUUUGUAGCUCAGCUCAGAGUGGAAAAACACUUCAAUUACCACCACUCAUAGUAAGAAGUGCUGGAAACAAUAGAACCUUAUGUACAUUGUCAAAUACUGCUUCAACAGGAAGUACAGGCAAAAAUAUAGCAGUAACAGGUGUGUCACUGCUUCGUGGUAAUAUUGUUACAUCUGUAACGCCUGCAACUGUUCGAACUUUGCUAAAGCCGUUGUGUAUUACAACCACUGCUGGGGUUACAGCUACUACUCCUGUUUUCACCAAUGUCUCAACUAAAGUCACAAGUAUUCCCACAACUCUAAAAAGUUCUUCAGCAAAAACUUCAGGAAAAAUAAUAGGUCCCCCUGUUAUAGGCUUACCUGAUAAAGUUGCAGAAAACUCAAGUGAAGACCAAGAAGUCAGUGCAACAAAGAAAUGGGAGGAUCAGAUAAGACAAUUAAAAGCCACUUGUCAAGCCUGCAGAUCUCUGGAUGCAUGUAUAAAUCUGUGGGUAAGAGCCAUACCCCUUGUGGCUCCCCCAAACAAGUGGAUAAAUAAAUGCAUUUUGCCAUUCUGUGCAGGAUCCAUAGAAGAGUUCAAGCUUUGGCCACUUGGAAAGCAGAGAGCAGCAGAGUUUCAGAGGGCAAGGGAAGUUCGAAAAUAUUUAAGUGAGUGUGGUAUAGAAGGCAGCAAUUGGUGGACCACAAACAGAAUAGUUGCAUGGGCAAGGUGUCAGGCAUAUACUCCAGUAGAGCCUCGACCUCUGCUUCAAACAGAUAAACUUUUUUUACCAUUAGAACAGCAGGUCUUUAGCACAAUUACAGACAUUGGAAAUCUAGAAGAACAAGAAGGAAGUAACAGCGAGCAACAGUUUGGAUGUUCUGCACACCAAGAUAUUGAUGUAGUCUCAGUAACUGCGGAGGAGGAAGAGCUCAGAUCUCCUCACAAGUCUUCAGCUUCUCCACGGAAGGAGCAGUCAGUCUUCAUGGCAUGGGAGGAUCAAGAAACCGUAGAUGGAUGUGAAUGGGUUGGACAUUUAGCUUCACAGUUAAGAAUUAAUCAAACUUCAGAAGAGGUCGCACCUGGAUAUAGAGCAGAUGUUGCACGUGCAACUAUGUGGAAGGCAAUGUUAAACUUAAUGGAGGAUUUACUGCGGUCUUCUCACAGUGAGGCCUGGGGUGAUAGUUCAGAGGAGACCUCUGAUAGUCCACCUCUUGUUCCUCCAAAGGAAAUUACACACAAUCAUGUCUUAAAAGCCUUAACUAGAAAACGCCAGGAGUUCCAGUUGUUCACUAAUUAUGGACUCGGUAGCCUUUCAUAAUUUUCAGAUGCAAUAUAGUGUUUUUCAUGUUUAAAGAUCUGAUCUAUUCUGAUAUCAUGAAAUAUUUAAAAAAAAGCUGUUAUAGUUCUACAUGUAACAGAUAAAACAAAAAGAUAAGGCAGGAAGGACCCACAGUUAAAAAUGAUAAUCAGUAUAUUAUUGUUUAAAACUGUACUGAAACCAGGAGGAUCUCUUUUGUUGUAUUGUUGGCUAGUUCCUCACAUUAGACUCAUUCCAUGAUCACAUGGUUAAUAAUCAUAUAAUGAGAAAUGCUAAAUGAGGAAUCAAAAUUGAUUCUAUCAUUUGUAUUUUCCUUAAAUAUAUGAGUAAUAUUGUUCAUGUACUUGUAAAUUGUUUGUUGACUCAUCUGUAAUUCAUAAAAUUCCAUAACUAUCUGUGAUAUUCUAGAUAUGAUUUAUAAGUUUCAUUGUUAAAAAUCCUUAUAAGAAUAAAAGACUCAGGGUA